UGAGCCCAUAACCGAAGCCCUCGGAGGGAGAAGUGCCGCGCGCUGUGAUGCGUCUUCCUCUCGCCUGGGCUGCCACUUUGGAUUGUAGCACCCGGCUCCGUGCUCUGAGAGAAUGGCUCGGUUCGGGGAUGACCUGCCAACGCGCUAUGGAGGUGGAGGGCCGGCCGGGGCUGCCAGGGGCAGCAGCCGGCAAGGUGGCCCCCAAGCCGGCCAAAGGAUGUACAAGCAAUCGAUGGCUCAGAGGGCCAGGACUAUGGCUCUCUACAACCCCAUCCCUGUCAAGCAGAACUGCUUCACAGUCAACAGAUCCCUCUUCAUCUUCAGUGAAGAUAACGUUAUACGGAAAUACGCCAAGCGAAUAACAGAAUGGCCUCCAUUUGAAUACAUGAUUUUAGCUACAAUCAUAGCCAACUGUAUUGUGCUGGCUCUGGAGCAACAUUUGCCAGAUGGAGACAAGACACCUAUGUCAGAAAGAUUGGAUGAUACUGAACCGUACUUUAUUGGAAUAUUUUGCUUUGAAGCUGGUAUAAAAAUCAUCGCUUUAGGGUUUGUUUUUCACAAAGGCUCUUAUCUCCGAAAUGGUUGGAAUGUGAUGGAUUUUGUUGUGGUCCUCACAGGGAUUCUAGCAACUGCAGGGACUGAUUUUGACCUGCGGACCCUGCGAGCUGUUCGAGUGCUACGACCCCUGAAGCUUGUGUCGGGAAUCCCAAGUUUGCAGGUUGUCCUCAAGUCCAUCAUGAAGGCAAUGGUGCCCUUGCUUCAGAUCGGGCUGCUGCUCUUCUUUGCCAUUGUCAUGUUUGCCAUCAUUGGGCUAGAGUUUUACAUGGGGAAGUUCCACAAGACCUGCUUCUCCAACGAGACAGGUGAUGAGGUGGGAGACUUUCCUUGUGGAGAGGAGCCUCCUGCCAGGCAAUGUGAGAGCGGGACCACCUGCCGGGAAUACUGGCAAGGCCCCAACUAUGGCAUCACCAACUUCGACAAUAUCCUGUUUGCUGUGCUCACCGUCUUCCAGUGCAUCACCAUGGAGGGAUGGACUGACAUCCUCUACAAUACAAAUGAUGCUGCAGGAAAUACAUGGAACUGGCUUUACUUCAUCCCUCUCAUCAUCAUUGGCUCUUUCUUCAUGCUCAACUUGGUGCUGGGCGUCUUAUCAGGUGAAUUUGCCAAAGAACGAGAGAGGGUAGAAAAUCGCCGAGCUUUCCUGAAACUCCGUAGACAACAGCAAAUUGAACGAGAACUGAAUGGCUAUUUGGAGUGGAUCUUCAAAGCAGAAGAGGUGAUGCUGGCAGAGGAAGACAAGAAUGCAGAAGAGAAGUCUCCUCUGGAUGUGUUGAAAAGAGCUGCGAUAAAGAAGAGCAAAAAUGACCUGAUUCAUGCUGAAGAAGGUGAGGACCAUUUCACAGACAUUUGCUCCGUUGGGUCUCCCUUCGCCCGUGCAAGUCUGAAGAGCGGGAAGACCGAGAGCUCCUCUUACUUCCGGAGGAAAGAGAAAAUGUUCCGCUUCUUCAUCCGGCGCAUGGUGAAAGCUCAGAGCUUCUACUGGGUUGUGCUCUGCGUAGUUGCCCUCAACACACUCUGCGUUGCCAUGGUCCACUACGACCAGCCGGAGAAGCUCACCACUGCUCUCUAUUUUGCAGAGUUUGUUUUUCUGGGUCUCUUUCUCACUGAGAUGUCUUUGAAGAUGUAUGGACUGGGGCCAAGAAAUUACUUCCAUUCCUCAUUCAACUGUUUUGACUUUGGGGUGAUUGUGGGAAGUAUUUUUGAAGUCAUUUGGGCUGCAGUAAAACCUGGUACCUCGUUCGGCAUCAGUGUAUUGAGAGCUCUUCGACUCCUGAGGAUUUUCAAAGUAACAAAGUACUGGAAUUCCCUGAGAAAUCUGGUGGUCUCGUUGCUGAACUCCAUGAAAUCCAUCAUCAGCCUGCUCUUCCUGCUCUUCCUCUUCAUCGUGGUGUUUGCUCUGCUGGGGAUGCAGCUCUUUGGAGGACAAUUCAACUUUCAAGAUGAAACACCAACCACGAACUUUGAUACCUUCCCUGCUGCCAUCUUGACAGUAUUCCAGAUCCUGACGGGGGAGGACUGGAACGCAGUGAUGUACCACGGGAUCGAGUCGCAAGGUGGUGUCCGCUCAGGAAUGUUUUCCUCCAUUUACUUCAUCGUCCUGACAUUGUUUGGUAACUAUACACUUCUGAACGUCUUCUUGGCUAUUGCUGUUGACAACCUUGCAAACGCACAAGAACUCACCAAGGAUGAGGAGGAGAUGGAAGAAGCUACAAACCAAAAGCUUGCCCUGCAAAAGGCCAAGGAAGUUGCAGAAGUCAGCCCCAUGUCUGCAGCUAACAUUUCCAUAGCCGCCAAACAGCAGAACUCCUCCAAAUCCAAGUCUGUUUGGGAGCAGAGGACCAGCCAGAUCCGGAUGCACAACUUCCGAGCCAGCUGUGAGGCCCUGUACAACGAGCUGGAUCCGGAGGAGCGCGUGCGUUACGCCACCACCCUCCACAUCCGGCCAGACAUGAAGACCCAUUUGGACCGGCCUCUGGUGGUGGAGCCCAGAAGCGAGGGGAGGAACAACAUCAGCAAGCUGAGCCCCGUGGACGUGCAGGUGGUGGAGCAGGCCAAGAUCAGCCCUGCUGAUGGCGCGGAGGCUCCCCGGAAACACCACCGGCAUCGGGAUAAAGACAAGUUGGGAGAGCAAGAGAAGGGAGACGUGGCCAAGGAUGAGAACGGGGAGUCUGGCACCAACCACAAGGAGGAGCGGCACCGGCAGCACCGGAGCCGCAGCAAGGAGGUGGAAGGGGGCAGCAAGGAAGGGAAAAGUGAUCGCAGCAGGGGCCAGGAGGGAGGGAAGAGGCACCAUCGCCGGGGAUCGGUGGAAGAAGGUGCGGAGAAGGAGCACCGCAGGCAUCGGACUCACCGCCAUUCUGCUGAGCGGCAGGGCAAGGAAGGCAACGGGACGAUCAACGGGGCCAGGAGCGAGCGGCGUUCCCGGCAUCGAGGAGGAUCGAGGUCUGGGAACCGGGAAGGAGAACCCAGCUCAAAGGGAGAGAACAGUGAAGAGCCUCACAGACGCCACCGAUUCAGGAGCAGAGCAUUGUCAACCUAUGAGUCUGUGGAGAAGGAAAAUGGAGAGAAGGAUGGGGAGGCUGGGGAGAAAGAGCACCGCAAUCACCAGGCCAAGGAGAAUCAGUGUGAAAUAGAGGCUAGUGGAAGUGUUAGUGUUGUCCCUGUGCACACUCUUCCCAGCACCUAUCUGCAAAAAGUGCCGGAGCAGCCAGAAGAUGCUGACAACCAGAAGAACGUGACUCGGAUGAUUCAGCCACCUCUGGACAAAACGACCACUGUGAACAUCCCUGUCACUAUCACGGCCCCUCCAGGGGAAACCACUGUCAUACCGAUGAACAACGUGGAAUUUGAAAGCAAAACAGAGGAGAAGAAGGAUGUUGAUGACCUAACAAAAAAUGGGCCCAAACCAAUCCUGCCUUACAGCUCCAUGUUUAUCUUAAGUCCUACAAAUCCAAUUCGUCGCCUGUUCCACUACAUCGUCAACCUGCGCUAUUUCGAGAUGGUCAUCCUCAUAGUCAUAGCCCUCAGCAGCAUCGCCCUGGCUGCAGAAGACCCUGUACAAGCUGAGUCGCCAAGGAAUGAUGCCCUGAAAUACUUGGAUUAUAUAUUCACGGGUGUCUUUACCUUUGAGAUGGUGAUUAAGAUGAUUGACUUGGGGUUGCUGCUCCACCCUGGCUCUUACUUCCGUGAUCUGUGGAAUAUCCUGGACUUCAUUGUGGUCAGUGGAGCCUUGGUGGCAUUUGCCUUCUCAGGAACCAAAGGCAAGGACAUCAACACAAUCAAGUCACUGCGAGUACUGCGGGUCCUGAGACCAUUGAAGACUAUUAAACGGCUGCCAAAACUAAAGGCCGUAUUUGACUGCGUGGUCAAUUCCCUGAAGAACGUCCUCAAUAUCCUGAUAGUUUACAUGCUGUUUAUGUUCAUUUUUGCUGUCAUUGCUGUGCAGCUCUUCAAAGGCAGGUUCUUCUAUUGCACUGAUGAGUCGAAGGAGCUGGAAAAGGACUGCAGGGGUCAGUACCUCGAUUAUGAAAAAGAUGAAGUGGAGGCGCAGCCCAGGGAAUGGAAAAAAUACGAGUUCCACUAUGACAACGUGCUCUGGGCUCUGCUAACGCUUUUCACAGUCUCCACAGGAGAAGGGUGGCCCACUGUGCUGAAGCACUCAGUGGAUGCUACCUAUGAGGAACAGGGUCCCAGCCCUGGCUACCGAAUGGAAAUGUCUAUCUUUUACGUGGUGUAUUUUGUUGUCUUCCCUUUUUUCUUUGUGAACAUCUUUGUGGCGUUAAUCAUCAUCACCUUCCAAGAGCAAGGAGAUAAAGUGAUGUCAGAAUGCAGCCUAGAGAAAAAUGAGAGGGCCUGCAUAGACUUUGCCAUAAGUGCCAAGCCACUGACCCGCUACAUGCCUCAGAACAAGCAAUCUUUUCAAUACAAGAUGUGGAAAUUUGUGGUGUCCCCUCCCUUUGAGUAUUUUAUCAUGGUCAUGAUUGCACUCAAUACUAUUGUUCUGAUGAUGAAGUUCUAUGAUGCUCCAGAAGCAUAUGAAGAAAUGUUGAAAUGCCUGAAUAUUGUGUUUACAUCUAUGUUUUCAAUGGAAUGUGUGCUGAAGAUCAUUGCCUUUGGUGUGCUGAAUUAUUUCCGAGAUGCCUGGAAUAUCUUUGAUUUUGUAACAGUAUUGGGAAGUAUUACUGAUAUUUUAGUAACAGAGAUUGCGGACACGGACAACUUCAUCAACCUCAGCUUCCUGCGGCUCUUUCGAGCAGCCAGACUUAUCAAGCUCCUCCGCCAGGGUUACACUAUCCGCAUCUUGCUCUGGACCUUUGUGCAGUCUUUCAAGGCCUUGCCUUAUGUGUGUCUCCUCAUUGCAAUGCUGUUCUUCAUCUAUGCCAUUAUUGGCAUGCAGGUAUUUGGGAACAUUGCACUAGAUGAUGAAACAUCCAUUAAUCGGCACAAUAAUUUCCGUACCUUUCUUCAAGCCUUGAUGCUUUUAUUCAGGAGCGCCACCGGCGAAGCCUGGCACGAGAUCAUGCUGUCCUGCCUGAGCAACCGAGCCUGUGACCCGCUCUCCGGCCUCACCAAGAAGGAAUGCGGCAGCGAUUUUGCCUAUUUCUACUUCGUGUCCUUCAUCUUCCUGUGCUCCUUUCUGAUGCUAAACUUAUUCGUGGCUGUGAUUAUGGACAAUUUUGAAUACCUGACAAGAGACUCCUCCAUCCUUGGCCCACACCAUUUGGAUGAGUUUGUUCGUGUCUGGGCUGAAUACGACCCAGCUGCCUGUGGGCGCAUCAGUUACACUGACAUGUACGAGAUGCUGAGACACAUGUCCCCACCUCUAGGCCUUGGGAAGAAAUGCCCAGCUCGCGUUGCCUAUAAGCGCCUGGUGCGGAUGAACAUGCCCAUCUCGCCCGAGGAUUUAACCGUCCACUUCACCUCAACGCUGAUGGCCUUGAUCCGGACUGCUCUCGAAAUCAAACUUGCCACAGGAGGUGUGAAGCAGCACCAGUGUGAUGCUGAAUUGAGAAAAGAGAUCUCGCUGGUUUGGCCCAAUCUGUCGCAGAAGACCCUGGAUUUGUUGGUUCCUCCUCACAAACCCGAUGAGAUGACUGUGGGGAAGGUCUAUGCAGCACUCAUGAUAUUCGACUUCUACAAGCAGAAUAAAAACAGCAGGGAACAAGUCCACCAGCCUCCGGGAGGCCUGUGCCAGCCUGGAGCGGUGUCACUGUUCCACCCGCUGAAGGCCACUUUGGAGCAAACGCAGCCCGCAGCGUUCAGCAACGCCAAAGCAUUCCUUCGUCAGAAAAGCUCUGCCUCGCUCAACAACGGGGGCACCCUGCCAGCCCCAGAGGGUGGGAUCAAAGAGUCCAGUUCCUGGGGGACUCAACGCACCCAGGAUGUGUUUUAUGAAACCAGGACACCAGCUUUUGAACGAGGCCGCUCAGAAGAAAUCCCUGUUGAGCGGGUGGUAGAAAUGAGGGAAAUCAGCCCCACACUUGCCAAUGGAGAGCACCAACCAGGCCUGGAGAGCCAGGGACGGGCAGCUUCCAUGCCACGCCUGGCUGCCGAAACUCAGCCCAUCCCGGACACAAGCCCCAUGAAGCGCUCCAUCUCCACGCUGACGCCGCAGCGUCCUCACGCCAUGCACCUGUACGAGUACUCCUUGGAGCGCAUGCCGCCCGACCAGGUCCAUCACCACCACCACCACCGCUGCCACCGGCGGAAAGAAAAGAAGCAGAAGUCCAUGGACAGGACUGCCCAUCAGCUGGCCGAUGGGGAAGCUGUUGCUCAGUCUGGUGAGUCUUCUUCCAAGGAUAAGAAGCAAGAACGCGGUCGAUCCCAAGAGAGGAAGCAGCACUCCUCCUCCUCCUCUGAAAAGCAGCGCUUCUACUCCUGCGACCGCUACGGCAGCCGGGACCGUUCUCAGCCCAAGUCGGCUGAUCAAAGCAGGCCCACCUCACCCAACGGAGGGCCAGAGCAAGGUCCACACAGACAGGGCAGUGGUUCAGUUAAUGGGAGCCCCUUGCUGUCGACAUCUGGUGCUAGUACCCCAUGCCGGGGUCGGAGGCAGCUCCCACAGACUCCACUGACCCCUCGCCCCAGCAUCACUUACAAGACCGCUAACUCCUCGCCCGUGCACUUCACCAGUUUCCAAACCGGCCUGCCCACUGGGGGGCCGCGGGGAGCCAGGCCCACGCCACUGGCCCGCAUCGGCUCCGACCCCUACCUGGGGCACCGCGAUGACAGCGACAGCCCCUACCGCGUGGUGCCGGAGGAUACGCUCACCUUCGAGGAGGCCGUCGCCACCAAUUCAGGAAGGUCCUCAAGGACUUCUUACGUCUCGUCCUUGACCUCCCAGUCGCACCAAAUCCGCCGGGUCCCCAAUGGCUACCAUUACACCCUGGGCCUCAACACGGGCCCCGGGACAGGCACCAGAGGACGUAGUUAUUACCAUGAGGCCGAUGAGGAUGACUGGUGCUAGUGUCAUGGCAAAGCCC